CCACCCUCCACGGAGUGCGUGGUCGUCGUGCGAAGCGGUACUUUUCUUUUUUUUUUCUCCCCCCCACCCCUCCGUCAUCAUCCACUCCCCACAACUCACCCUACAGCGUCGUUACUUAUUACACCCUCGACUGGGUUACUAGCAAAGCAAAAUCAUCAAGUACGUUAGCUAGGUGACGCCAACGACAUUGUUGGCGCUACGUGGGGAGAGACGUGUCUUCUAAGGAGGGAUACGUUUGCUGUUCUCACACAUCCCGGCGAAGAGGUUUGGCUUCGAGAGGCGACGGAAAACUAGAGCGAACGAGGAAGACUACACGGCGAAGGAGGAGACUGGCUACUUUAGCCGGUGAGAUUGAAUUCGCAUACCAAGAGCAAGCACUGCCAACUGAGCCACACACAUAACCAUGAGUAUUGAGAUACCAGUGGGUUUGAAGGAACUGCUGGAGGGCUACACCGUGGAGGUGCUGCGACAACGGCCGUCGGACCUGUUGGAUUUUGCCGUCCAGUACUUCACCCGCUUGCGGGACGCCAGGACUCAAGACGGGGCCAGUGAAGGUGGGAAGAUGGGAAAGGGGGUGAUGUUUGAUGGCGAGCCAAUGCAAACCGAAUCCAAUGGGGAUGACGAAGAUGAUGAUGACUCAGACUUUGAACCACCGCCACCAAGCAGAUUCAACAGAAGAGUGUCAGUGUGUGCAGAGGCAUUCAAUCCAGAUGAUGAUGAUGAAGACACAGAACCCAGGGUUGUUCAUCCAAAAACAGAUGAACAGCGCUGCAGACUGCAGGAGGCCUGUCGGGAUAUCUUGCUCUUCAAAACACUGGACCAGGAGCAGUUCUCUGAAGUGCUGGAUGCAAUGUUUGAAUUAAGGGUUCAGCCCCAAGAGCACGUGAUCGACCAGGGAGACGAUGGGGACAACUUUUACGUCAUAGAGCGAGGCGUGUACGACAUUGUGGUAUCAGGAACAUGCGUGGGUCAGUAUGACAAUAAGGGCAGCUUCGGGGAGCUGGCACUCAUGUACAACACUCCACGUGCAGCUACCAUCAUCGCCACACAGGAGGGGUCACUAUGGGGACUGGAUCGUGCCACAUUUCGGCGACUCAUUGUGAAGAACAAUGCCAAGAAGCGGAAGAUGUAUGAGUCUUUUAUUGAGUCUGUACCUUUACUCAAAUCCCUGGAGGCAACAGAGAGGAUGAAAAUUGUGGAUGUAUUGGGCGCAAAGCAGUUCUCAGAUGGUGAGCGCAUCAUCACACAGGGUGACAGUGCUGACUGCUUCUACAUAGUAGAAUCUGGAGAGGUCAAGAUCAUGAUGAAGAGUAAAACGAAGGCAGACCAUGCAGACAAUGCGGAGGUGGAGAUAGCCCGCUGUAGCAGGGGUCAAUACUUCGGGGAGCUAGCUUUGGUCACUAACAAGCCCCGGGCUGCCUCAGCCUAUGCAGUUGGCAAUGUCAAAUGUUUGGUAAUAGACGUCCAAGCCUUUGAGCGCCUCCUGGGCUCCUGUAAAGAGAUCAUGAAGAGGAACAUCGCCCACUACGAGGAGCAGCUGGUGGCCCUCUUCGGCUCGAGCAUGGACCUGAGAGACUGAGCCUCCCACUCCACCCUCCGUGCCUUCUAUUUACACACACUCACAUUUUCACAUAAAUACAUACAUACACAUGAAAUAAGCUUUACCAAUACUUUGCAAACAUGAGAAAUUGUAUUAGACCCAUAUGCAAAAGGAUUAAGUUUUCCUUUGCACAUACAAUGAUAAAACUACUUAGAUAUUCUCUUCCACAUGCACUCUCUAAUCUACACGUGCGCGCGCACAGACACGCACACAGGUGACUUGGCCAUAGCCUUGUUUUUUCCUUUCCCCCCCCCCCUUUUUUUUUUCCUUCUCCUUCCACACCAGCUUCAACCUUUCGGCACCAGUGUCUUUAGCUGCGUUCACUUGUAUGCAGGAAAAGCAGCAGGAGGACAUACAAUGAAUGCGUGCUCACACCCAGACACGACGUUUUUAGAAACACAUCACUACUCAUGGUUUCUAUGGCAGUGUUCACAUUCACUUUACGUUUGCUUUAACAGCUCUAAAUUGCCUCAGCCAAGGACACGUGCACGCGCACACAGACACACGGAUACACACUAAGGGGGGUACACUUAUGAAACAAACCGCAUUUGCAAAAACACAAAAUGGAGCUGACAAACUGAAAAAAAAAAGUUGAGGAAAAUGCAAAAAAAAAAAAAAGUUUGACAACUUUUAGAAAAAUUUUAUGAACAUAAAACCACAGAAGCUUUGAUAAAAAAAUAUUUAAAUAUAUAUGAAAAAAAAGUGUUUCCUCAGUGAGAGGUCAGGGUUCAAAACAAAGUAAGGACACUCCAUUUCUUCCUCAACUGUUGUUGAUUGAGUUCAGUUAGUGCCGGUGUUUAUUACAGUACCACAGAGGAAGUGGUAAAAACAACAUCCUCCAUUUUGGGGACUUUGUUCUGUCGUUGAUGCCGCCAUUCAUUGUAUUCAAUUAUUUAUGUAUUAUGUACUUUUGUUUUUGAAGAACUGAUAAUUUCAUCCAUCUCUCUAAAUAUGGGGAAAAAAAGUGAAUAAAAAAACAGUGCUGAUUUCUCCUCUAUUAUCUGAGUUGUCCUGGAUGGAAAGAAAAAAGACAAAAAUAAAGCAAACUUUUUGUUAAAACA